GUGAUGUCGUCAUUGUUUGGGAGGGAGUGUCGCCCUCCGCCGUGACGUCACUCUUCUCUGUGCUUCUGGACUAGGCUGAAGAAGAUGGCGGCCUCCUCAGGAGUUAGAGUUCCUCGCAAUUUUCGCCUGUUGGAAGAGCUGGAAGACGGCCAGAAGGGCGAAGGCGAUGGCACAGUGAGCUGGGGCCUGGAGAAUGACGAGGACAUGAACCUCACGCAGUGGACCGCCAUGAUCAUCGGACCCGUCAGAACCACUUAUGAGAACAGGAUAUACAGCCUGAAAGUGGAAUGUGGACCCAAAUACCCAGAGACAGCCCCGACUGUUAGAUUUGUAACAAAAAUUAGCAUGAACGGGAUAAAUAAUUCCAACGGGAUGGUGGACUCGCGUAGCAUACCAGUAUUAGCAAAAUGGCAGAAUUCUUAUACCAUAAAAAUUGUUCUUCAAGAGUUAAGGCGUCUAAUGAUGUCCAAAGAAAAUAUGAAGCUUCCACAACCUCCAGAAGGACAAACCUACAGCACUUAGUCAUAAUGGAUUGUUUUGACUUGUGUCUUAAAAAUCUUAUUUAGAAAUAUUCUGUCCAAAAAAAAAACAGUAACAAAGAAAAUCAAGAGGCUCACCUUGCACAUAUACAAUAAAGUCUGCAGGAGCAGUAUUGGACUUAAUCACAUUAUAUUUCAAAAUAAAAAGUCUGUGCGGAGCAUCUACGACAAGAGCCAUUAUCAUAAUUACUAAUAUGUUCAAUGCAGCCUAAGUGGGCUUGAUGAUGCCACACAGUGUUAACAUUGUGUACACCAGAGGGGGCAAAUAGUGUAACUCAUACCUUCUUAAGUUAAAGUCAGAAAAGACAAGCCACUUUUUUUCUCUUUUUUUUAAUAUGCAGGUGGCUCAGUAAUACAGAACUGUUGCUCUGUAGUCUAAAAGUAGUGUCACAAGGUGAGAUUUCUUUUUAUAAAUAUAUGAAUAGAUAUAUAUGUAUUUGACACAAUACCAAUGUUUUUUUUUUCUCAAGCUGUUUUGACAUGUAACAGACGUUGAAGCCUGUUCUGUUCGGGGGAAGAAAAAGACGAAAUAAACCAGCCCUUGCAUUUAACAUCUAGUGAAAAUGGCAGGUGUAUGAACUUGUGAUUUUCUGACAAUAAAAAUCACUGCAAAAAACCCAA